AUGGUAAAAGCAAAAAGAGACAGAGACGAAAAGGGGUGGAAAGAGGAGGGGAGCGGCGGUGAGGGAGACGGAGGCCGGAGGACCAGGGUGAGUCGUGCUCACCUUGAUGGGUUGCUGGACAAGAUAUGGGAGUAUCUAGAUCUCACUCGCAUACACACAAAGCCUAAAGGGAUGAACCCAGAUUAUGAAGACCCUGUCAUCCUCUCAUCAAAGAAGCGGACCGUGGAGGACUUUUGCAACCAGAUUCACAAGGAUAUGUCUAAACAGUUCAAGUAG